GGAUCACGAGGCAAGGUCCCGGGUAUUUUAAUCCUUUGCGGAAGAAAGGAUAAAGGGGGGGGGGGGGCAGAGAGAGAGAGAGAGGAAAAGAACAGCCUGGAAGGACAAAGCGUGGCUUCCCCCCUCUCCAUCUUGUGAGGCUGGAUUGGUUGCAUUGCAGCGAAAGAGGUUAAGCACAGCUCCCUAAGCUGCUCCUCUUAGGACUUUGCGUCCAGACCUUUGGCCAUUUUGGUUGCCCAUCUUUGGACACAUUCCAGCUUGUUAAUGGUCUUCUGGAAUUGUAAAGCCCAGAACUGGACACAGUAUUAUUCCAGGUGCUGUGUAGAAGGGCCCUCGGUGAAGGAUCCAAGGCGGGUUACGGUGAUUGUGUCCUUCUAAGCCAUCUCUUAUAAGCUGUUUGGAACAAGCGGAGGCUAUGUGGGCCCCUGAUCUACUAGAGUACCAGUACCAAUACCCAGACAAGAAGAUUCUGCCAAAUACACAUACAGCAAACGUGUACACCGAGCUGCCAGCCAUUCGCAGCCACAGCCACCCUGUGCCUCAAGCCAUGAUGUCCCCAGCGAACGCCAACAGAGCGAAAAGGGCCAGGGGGAUGUCCUGGAGCCCGGCAGAGACGGAAGAACUCAUUGCCAUCUGGGGCGAGCCAAUAGUGCAAGAGCAGCUCCAUGAGUCGCAUAGAAAUUUAGAUGUGUUCGAGAAAGUGGCGGAGAAGAUGAGAGCUAUGGGCCGCGACAGGACAGCCGAGGAGUGCAGGACCAAGACCAAAUCGCUCAGGUCGAAGUACAGGGAGGCUUGUGAGCAUAUUGCCCGCAACGGAAGGGCCUCAAUCUCCAUGCCCUAUUUCGAUGAGCUAGACAACAUUCUCCGAGGGGAUGGCACUCUACAAGUUAAGCGUAUGCCACAGACCACCGGCAUCCAGAAAGUAACGGUCGGCCAGGCAUCCACCAGCCAGCAGCAGGCAGAUGGGACCAUGGCAGAAGGCUCCCAGGAAUUCUACCAGAACUCUCAAGGGGACAUGCUCGAUGCCGUCGACUCAAAAGACAACAUCGUCCUCCUCAAUCCUAUGGAAGACAUUGCAGACACAGCCUCGGCAUGUGGGGAAGCCUCCUCAGUGUACUCAAAGGCAAGCACCCACCCUCCUCCCUCCCCUGUGGCAAGAUCCGCUUCGCCCGCGAGUGAGGAGAGCCACGGAGAGCAGGCUGCCGAGGGUCCCGAGAGCAAUCUGUUGUGGACGUCAGCGGCAAGGGAGCAAGGGGCCCCUGUAGCCAAUCGGAUGGCUAUGCUUCCCCCAUCGGUCAGGCUGGGCGAGCACCGCAGGAGGAGAGACAGGAGAACCGUGAUUGCCGCCACAUCCUCUGCAACUGACCGCAUCCUUCAGCACUCCGUCGCACAAAUGAAGGCGCUCAUGGAGCAUCUGGAGAGGGAGAGGAUACAGCAGCAGGAAUACCUGGACAGGGAGAGCGUGCGCCAGCAGGAGCUCCGAGACAGGGAGAGCGCCCGCCAGCAGGAAUUUCAAGAGUGGGAUGUGGAGUUCCGUCAGAGGCAGUGGGAGCGGGAAUGCAGGGAUCGGGACCGCCUCAACGAAAACAUUGAGGCACAGACAGUGCUGCUGGCCAGGCUGGUGGACAUCCUGGAACAGAACAAAGGCUGUGUCUGUGGAGGGGGGAGGGAAGUGGCCCAUGGCCAGGCAUCCACAUAUAUCCCCGUGCCCCAGGGACUGGUUCCUGCCAUGGAGGUCGACCCCCAGGAGAUCCACUACCAAGUUGCAGCCACUCCACCACCCACCCGUUCCCAGGUGGAGCCAUCAGAAAACUCCUCUCCUGCCGAGCCACCGAGUCUCAAACGCCCAGGGAGACCACUCAGAUCCCAAACGCGCCAUAGCAAGUUCUCAUCAUGAGUAGGCAGGGUGCCAAAUAAGGGACCUCCAUUUAGUUCCAGAGCAGUACUUCGGAACUUCUCCCACUUCUAGCUAAAGUACCGCGUUACAGCUCCUAUCCUCCAGCUAAUCUAAUGCAACAAAAGACCCGACACAACUGUAUGUUUUAAAAUGACUAUGAAUAGUAUAAAACAGCAAACGUGAAGGAGCAAGGGGGAACGCAUACAGGGGAAGGCACGCAUCAGGUAGAGGGGACCGUACACUGAUCCAUGGGCUGUGCAAUGGAGGCACUCAAGCACUGCAGCUGCUCCUCCUCAGCUCCCAUACUCUGCUCAAGUCGAGGGACUGAAAGGCAAGAAGACAUCAGAAGAGGGUGUUGUGUGUUUUGUGGCUUUAAGGCCGUGUUCUAGCAGCAUUUUCUCUAACAUUUUGCUGGCAUCUGGCUGGCAUCUUCAGAAGGAUCUGGAGGAUGUUACUACUUUGCAGGAACUAUACAACCCGUGGCAUCAUGGUGUCCACGCCAAGGACUUCUAUGGUAACCCAACACGGGUUCAAAUCCCACUCAGAUACAUUCCCAUGCAUCCUUCUGGCUGGCAUCUUCAGAAGGGUCUGGAGGAUGUUACUACUUUGCAGGAACUAUACAACCUGUGGCAUCAUAGUGUUGACACCAAGCACUCCCAUGGUUGCCCAUGCUCCAGAUACAUUCCCACGCACCCUUCUGGCUGGCAUCUUCAGAAGGAUCUGGAGGAUACCAUUCUGCAAGAUCUAUACAACCCAUGGCAUCAUGGUGCCCACACCGAGCACUCCCAUCGUUGCCCAGCAUGGGCCCAAAUCCCACCCAUGCUCCAGAUACGUUCCCACAAACCCUUUGUGAUGUGCAAUGGGACUCGCUCAGUGCCCUCUCUGGGUCUUGGUAGGCAAUGAAACGGGCAUGAGGGAUUGUGUGACUCCCCUUUCUUCCACUGGCUGCUAAAACAAGGGGUUUUUUUAUUUUUAAUUCUUCCAGAGUUCUUGCUUUGUUUAUCCCGGUCCACACUCAGUGUUUUCUUGCACAGCGGAACAUCCUUGCUGUUUGUUUGAUUUUACCAGAUUUCUUACACCAAAAUGGACUCUCAUACAGUUUGCAUAGUCAUUGUUAAUCUGCUGGUGCAGACAUGCUUUUCCCCUCUUUGGUUUUGUGUGAUUUUUAUUUGUUUGUUUUUCCACAGAAGACAAAUUUUAUUUGCUUCCCUGGUUCACCACCUGCUUAUGCAAAUCGACUUGUUUUUCUCAUUCCAAUUCUGUUGAUUUUGUUGUUUUUAUUGUUUUUCUUCUUCUUGAGCAUUCUGUUAUAUUAUGUUUUCCUUUCCCUUGUUCUCUUUGUGUGAUUUGUUUUACGAUUCCUAAGAUUUUUCUUUGAUUCCAUUGUUAUAUCCUUAAGGUCCUCCUUAAUUCCGAUUUCUGUUUGAAUUGACUCUUUCUGAAAUUCCAAUGACAUUUGCAAAAUCUACAGUGUUGACUUCAUUUGGUGCUAAUCGUAAAUAAUAAUACAAGAUGAGAACAAAAUGCUGUGCGGAGUUAAUUGACAAUCCCACCCUCAAUCAGCAAGGAACAUAAUUUAUUCACUUGUUAAAAUAGACUUAGUUCUUGUCUCUGUUUGGAAUGUGGACUGCUCUUCUCCUCCUCUUUAGUUUUACGUUGCAGUCUUUACAGCUCUGAAACAUUACUCUUUUCUUAGCUUUGGGAUUAUGGAGAGCUGUCAUAGAAUUAUUAAUAAAGUGUUUGUAUGAUUGUG